AUGGAUCUUUGGCAGCUGCUACUUACUUUGGCCCUGGCGAGUUCAAAUGAUGCUUUUUCUCAAAGCGAGGAGCCUUCUGGGAAGCCUCAGUAUACUAAGUGCCGUUCACCCGAACUAGAGACGUUUUCAUGCUACUGGACCGAUGAUAUUUACCAUGGUGCAAAGAGUCCAAUAAAGCUGUUGUACAAGAAAAGGACUGACGAAGAGUGGAAAGAAUGCCCCGAUUAUGUCUCUGCUGGAGAAAACAGCUGUUAUUUCAAUUCAUCAUAUACCUCCAUUUGGACACCCUAUUGUAUCAAGCUGAGAAAUAUUAGUCAUGAGUUGGAGAAAAGGUGUUUCACUGUUGAUGAAAUAGUACAACCAGAUCCACCCAUUGGCCUCAACUGGACUUUGCUGAACACCAGCCUGACAGCAAUCCAUGCCGACAUCCAGGUGAGAUGGGGGCCACCUCCCAAUGCAGAUGUUCAGAAAGGAUGGAUUCUUUUGGAAUAUGAACUUCAAUACAAAGAAAUAAAUGAUACCCAAUGGAAAAAGAUGGAACUCGUACGCUCUACAUCUGUCCCAGUGUACUCCUUGAGGUUGGAUAGAGAAUAUGAAAUACGAGUCAGAUCAAGACAACGUACCUCAGAAAAAUUUGGGGAGUUCAGUGAAAUACUUUAUGUAACAUUUCCCCAGAUGAGCCCUGUUUCGGAAUGUGAAGAGAAAAUCAAUGAUUUCCGGUUUCCAUGGUUCUUGAUUAUUAUCUUUGGAAUACUUGGCCUGACAGUGGUGUUAUUUGUAUUCAUACUUUCUAAACAACAAAGGAUCAAGCUGCUGAUUCUGCCCCCAGUUCCAGUUCCAAAAAUUAAAGGAAUUGAUCCAGAUCUUCUCAAGAAAGGAAAAUUGGAAGAGGUAAAUACGAUCUUAGCCAGCCAUGACAGCUAUAAGCCUCAGUUCUACAAUGACGACUCCUGGGUUGAGUUCAUCGAGCUGGAUAUUGAUGAUCCGGACGAAAAGGCCGAAGAAUCCGACACAGACAGACUUCUGAGCAGCGAGCGCCAGAAAUCCCUGAAUUACCUUGGGGCGAAAGAUGAUGAUUCCGGCCGUACCAGCUGUUAUGAGCCCGACAUCCUAGAGACGGAUCUGAGCGCUGCCUCCUGCGACAGCACUUCCGACAUCGCUCACUCACAGAGAUUGCCGGGGACAGCAGAUCUGUUCUGCCUCGAGCCGAAGAACGAGGCGUCCCCCUCGACGACUCCUCCACCCAGCGGCGGCCUCCUUUCGGAAGGCGGCCAGCCAAGGCCGCUUCUCCCCAACGGGAUGGAGUCGAGCAGCCUCGCUGUCCACGCUCAUCUGAGCAACCAGAGUUCGCUGGCCAACAUUGACUUCUACGCCCAGGUGAGCGACAUUACUCCCGCGGGAAGCGUCGUCCUUUCGCCUCAAAAAAGCAAGGCAGGGAUAUCGCAGUGCGACGGGCACCGGGAAGCCUCGCCGUGCCGAGGAAACUUCAUCCUGGACAACACCUACUUCUGCGAGGCAGACGCCAAAAAAUGCGUUUCUGUGGCCCACGCUGAGCCAGAGCCCAGGACGGAGCCCCGCUUUAGCCCGGAAGACGUUUACAUCACCACAGAAAGCCUUACCACUACUGCUGGGAGUUCCGGAAUAGCGGGAGGGCCUUCCGGUGAAAUGCCUGUGCCUGACUAUACCUCCAUUCACAUAGUACAGUCUCCGCAGGGCCUCGUCCUCAAUGCCACCGCGCUUGUGCCUGACAAAGAAUUCCUCACCUCGUGUGGCUACGUGAGCACAGACCAGCUGAACAAAAUCAUGCCCUAG